AGUUGUCAAACUGAGCGGAGAGCUUCAGGAGUACGAAGACCCUGCCUACGAAGGAACUCAGCUCUGUGUCCUGCCAGCUCCCCCGCCAGCUUCACUGCCACCAACGCUGCCACAACUGCUGCCACCACCGCUGCCACCUCUGCGAUGCUCUUCCGAGCUGUGCUGCUCUGCGCUGCCCUGGCGCUCAGCCAUGCAGCAAAUCCUUGCUGUUCCAACCCAUGUCAAAACCGUGGUGAAUGUAUGAGCAUAGGAUUUGACCAAUAUAAAUGUGACUGUACCCGGACUGGAUUCUACGGUGAAAACUGUACUACGCCUGAGUUUCUGACAAGAAUCAAAUUACUGCUGAAGCCCACCCCAAACACAGUACACUACAUCCUGACCCACUUCAAGGGAGUCUGGAACAUUGUGAACAACAUUCCCUUCCUUCGGAAUUCAAUCAUGAGAUACGUGUUGACGUCCAGAUCACAUUUGAUUGACAGCCCACCAACUUACAAUGUGCACUACGGUUACAAAAGUUGGGAAGCUUUCUCCAACCUCUCCUACUACACCAGGGCCCUUCCUCCUGUGGCUGAUGACUGCCCAACUCCCAUGGGUGUGAAAGGAAAUAAGGAACUUCCUGAUUCAAAAGAAGUUCUGGAAAAGGUUCUUCUGAGGAGAGAGUUCAUCCCGGAUCCCCAAGGCACAAAUAUGAUGUUCGCAUUCUUUGCCCAGCACUUCACUCAUCAGUUUUUCAAGACAGAUCAGAAGCGAGGACCUGGGUUCACCCGAGGACUGGGCCAUGGAGUGGACUUAAAUCAUGUUUACGGUGAAACUCUAGACAGACAACAUAAACUUCGACUUUUCCAGGAUGGAAAAUUGAAAUAUCAGGUCAUCGGUGGAGAGGUGUAUCCUCCCACAGUCAAAGACACUCAGGUAGACAUGAUCUACCCUCCCCACGUCCCUGAGCACCUGCGGUUCGCUGUGGGGCAGGAAGUCUUUGGUCUGGUGCCGGGUCUGAUGAUGUAUGCUACCAUCUGGCUUCGGGAGCACAACAGAGUGUGUGAUAUACUCAAACAGGAGCAUCCUGAGUGGGAUGACGAGCGACUGUUCCAAACCAGCAGGCUCAUACUGAUAGGAGAGACGAUCAAGAUAGUGAUCGAAGACUACGUGCAACACCUGAGCGGUUACCACUUCAAACUCAAGUUCGACCCAGAGCUGCUUUUCAACCAGCAGUUCCAGUAUCAGAACCGCAUUGCCUCUGAAUUCAACACACUCUAUCACUGGCAUCCGCUGCUGCCGGACACCUUCAACAUUGAAGACCAGGAGUACACUUUCAAACAGUUUCUCUACAACAACUCCAUCCUCCUUGAACACGGACUUGCUCACUUUGUUGAGUCAUUCACCAGACAGAUUGCUGGCCGGGUUGCUGGGGGAAGGAAUGUUCCAAUCGCUGUACAAGCAGUGGCAAAGGCCUCCAUUGACCAGAGCAGAGAGAUGAAAUACCAGUCUCUCAAUGAGUACCGCAAACGCUUCUCCCUGAAACCUUACACAUCGUUUGAAGAACUUACAGGAGAGAAAGAAAUGGCUGCAGAGUUGAAAGCCCUCUACCAUGACAUCGAUGCCAUGGAACUGUAUCCCGCCCUGCUGGUGGAAAAGCCUCGUCCAGAUGCUAUCUUUGGGGAGACCAUGGUAGAACUUGGAGCUCCAUUCUCCUUGAAAGGCCUUAUGGGUAAUCCCAUCUGUUCUCCUCAAUACUGGAAACCUAGCACCUUCGGAGGAGAAGUGGGUUUUAGGAUCAUCAACACUGCCUCAAUUCAGUCUCUCAUCUGCAAUAAUGUGAAAGGGUGUCCCUUUGCCUCUUUCAAUGUGCAAGACCCGCAGCCUACCAAGACAGCCACCAUCAACGCAAGUGCCUCCCACUCCAGACUAGAUGACAUUAACCCUACAGUACUAAUCAAAAGGCGUUCAACUGAGCUGUAAGAGUCUACUGACCAUAUUUAUUUAUUUAUAUGAACAAUUUAAUUUAAUUAUUUAAUAUUUAUACAGAAUGCUUUUUUUCACUUAACAUCUUCUAUAACAGAAGGCAAUAUUCUUGAACAAUGUUCCAUUUGUGAAGAUUCCUGUGUUUGUACUUUAAAUAUGUGUUAUCCGAAAAUGAAAGGGAAAAAAAGAACACUUUCAUUUUUCGGCAUAAGCCAGUGAGAAGGGAAAUGAAUUUUGAUAUCUUUAUACUUGAAUGUCAGCUCAUGACUAGCUUAAUAAGAACAAAUGAAAGGUGUAUGAAUAUUUAAAUGCUGUUACAAGGAGGGAAAUGUGAAUAUUUAAAUGCUGUUACAAGGAGGGAAAUGCUGCAUUGUUGGUUAUGACUGUGUCAUCCUUACUAUGUUAGGAGCAACCGAUGUGGAAUUGUUUUUAAAUCUUGCAUAUCUUUAUCUCAUCAAAGCAAAGGGGUACAAGUCCAGUUUUAAAUGAGCAUGAAGGCAGAUACCGGCAACUGUCUUUUUAUUUUUUAAAAGCAAUCUUUUGAAACAAAUGAUUUGCAAUGUCUAAAUCAGGAGUUGGAAUCACUUUCGAAAGCCCUUACUUUCUUGAGCUGUCAAAUUUGUACCCACACAGAUUAAGCAGCUACCAUAAACACAAAUCUCUAAAACUGGGGAAAACUAUUAUGACUGAUGGUUAAGAUACCAUGUCAGGGAUCUUUCUUUUCUCAGGAGUAGUGAAAAGCUACUAUGACAAUCAGACCUUCCUUGUACGUCAGAUUGCUGGCGUAGGAAGGUGGCGGAGCCCGUGAUGUUCUGUCCUAAACGAUGGAAAAGCUUUAAAGCUUGUGUGUGAGUGGUAGCCAGCAAAACCUAUCAUAGCAACAAAAGAGUCCACAAACAAAAUAACCAAGAACAAAGAAGGGUUCCAAGCUAAAGACCGCAUCGAGGGUUAAACUUUUGAAGGAGACUUUCAGAUCCUCCUGUGGUGCUGGCUGUGACUUGCCAGGCUGGACUUUUAAAGAGUUUUUCUGUUGCACAGUAUGACACAACAGCCCAUCUCUCAAUGCAAAAGGUAUCAGUGGGCUUCUUCAAAACUUUGAAAUGUCUUCCAGCUCACGGUACCAGAAGUGCAGUAGGCCCCAUGCAAUGUGUGAGUUCAGCCUGGAUGCCAGCAUGAUGCUCUCCUUACUCUGUUUCUUGUAGUCAUUUUGCUCUGAGAAACUGCUGAUUGAUCUGUUUUUGUAGCUGUGUUCCAGGCUCUUAGUAUUCUUUCUUUAACCUCCAUUAAUAUUUUCUCUACUUGAAGUUUUACAUUCAGGAAAAACCUCAGCUCAGGACUACUGUGUAGCUCCCCUUCGGAGGAAGAAGUUACUUUAGACAAAAGGCAAAAAAAUUAAAUGUAUUUUUCAUUUGUAAUUAUAUGGAAGGGCCCUACCAAGAUGCUAGAAUUGGAGGGGGUUCCUGACAAGAAAGUUACAUUCUUGUCCUGAAGAAUUGCUUUCUUAUUUAAAAACAGAGUCAGUUAGUGGGUAGUUCUGGGCAAUAGAAAUAAAUAUAAAACAAUAAUGACAAUCAUUCUCUACAUCUCAUUAUCAGCUGAGGUACUGUAUAUUACUGAAUUUACUGAAGAUAGUUAUGUCUUUCAGACAUUGUUGUUAUAAACUAUGUUUAAGCCUACUACAAGUGUUUCUUUUUUGCAUUAUGUCAGAAUUGAUGUACCUUUUUUUUAAUGAUUACCUCCCUGUACUACUGUGCGAACAAUCAAACAAAAUGAUGAGAUUAAUGGUCAUGGAUAAAUUUCAAGAAAACUAGUGUAUUUGAUUGAAAAGUUUAAAGUUAGAACUUAGGCCAUUGGAAUUUACUCAUAUAGCAAACUGCGUAGAGCCAAUAUUGACUCACCUACACACGUUAUACAGAUUGACAUUUUAGACAUUUUGAAGGCCCCGUAGGUAUUUUAUUAGUUAGAACUUAAUUUUUUGAAAAACAUAUCCAAAGCACAAUAGGCAUUAGAAUUUGUGCAUCGAGAACUGAUUACAAAUAAUAUUGAUAUGUAUGUAAAUAACUGAGAAGUAUGUCUUAUGAAGAAAUAUAUUUUAUUACAAAAAAUUAUAAAACAUUUUCAAGAUUAUAUGCUUUAAAAGUUUAAGAUCAGAAAAUAAUCAACUUUAGAAAAACACGUAUAAAAAUUGUUAACAUCAUUGAUUAAAAAAAAAAAAAAAAAGCCAACAUGAUUGUUGUGAACAUCAACCUGCUGACUGAACCUGGGAAUUCAGGUUAAGUAUGUGACUGCUGCCGUGCCUCAGAGAAAUUUGUAUUUAAAUUAACUUAUGUAAAAAAAAAUCUUAGAACAAAUGUUUGUUUAUUUUUAUACUUAUUUAAGAAAUUGAAAACUUCUGAAAAUAAAGUUUGAUUGUGUCUUUA